GCGCGCGCGUACCAUACACUUGCCACAAUCAGGAAAUACUACGGUCGAAUUCCCUUCUCUUCAGACUCAUGAAACAAGACAAGCCCUAAUCACAGUAACAAAAAACAUGGAUAUGUCGAGCGAUUUCGAUCGCCUCCUCUUCUUCGAGCACGCUCGCAGAACCGCCGAAGCUACCCACGCCAAAAACCCUCUCGACGCCGAUAAUUUGACUAGAUGGGGAGGUGUGUUGCUGGAAUUGUCCCAAUUUCAGAACGGUCCCGACUCCACUGCCAUGGUUCAAGAUGCUAUACAGAAGUUGGAGGAGGCUCUAGUUGUUAAUCCUAGGAAACACGACGCACUCUGGUGUCUCGGGAAUGCAUACACAUCUAGUGCAUUUGUUAUACCUGACCUUGAUGUGGCUAAGGGUUACUUUGACAAGGCAACUCAAUACUUUCAGCAAGCAUAUGAAAUUGAACCAGAAAAUGAACUUUACAAGAAAUCUCUAGAAGUGGCUUCCAAGGCUCCCGAGUUACAUGUGGAGAUCCACAAGCAUGGUUUGGCCCAGCAGGCUAUGGGAUCGGGACCGGGACCGGGACCUUCAACAUCUGCUAGUUCAAAGCAGCAGAGUGCAAAGAAGAGCAAAAGCAGUGAUCUGAAAUAUGACAUAUUUGGAUGGAUAAUCCUAGCAGUUGGCAUUGUUACAUGGGUGGGAUUUGCAAAAUCGAAUAUGCCUCCACCUCCUCCUCCCAGAUAAAUUAUGCCGUUUGCUUUACAUGACUGUUGGCUGUAACUCCUCCCUGCCAAAGGAAUUCACCUUUGAUAGGUCAAGAAAUUACGAGACGAGACCUUUUAUAUAUGUACCAACAAAGAAGAAGGUUUUGUAAUUGUUUGUUUUGUUUGAAGCUGCUUCGUUUUAUAAUCUAGAUGAUGUUAUUGAUUCUGUUUGACCUGGAUAUUUAUGCUUCGUUGCCUUAAUUUGGACAUCGGGUUGUAAAUUUGUAAUAGAUGCCUAGUUUUUCCAUUUCAUGACAUUAAUUUGUUGUUUCUAUGUUACCAAAUUGUGACAUUAAACACUCGUUCAAUUCA